UGUGGUUAUCAAUUUUUUUUUCGUUUCGUUUCGUUUUUGUUUUUUUCUUUGUUACUGUAUUCUCUCUGUUCAUCAUCGUCAUCAUCAUUAUUUAAAUCAAUUGAAGAAAAAAAAACAUAUAUCAAGAUGCCAAAUUUUUUGGACGCACCAGAAAUUUUACCAUUGCCUAGCUUGCAAACAUAUGCAAGUAUUAGUUUUCUAUUACUUAGUUGUGCUGUUUAUUAUGCAUUUCAAGUGUCUUCCGGCUUGGAACCGGAUUGGAAAUUAAAUGAAUUUUUAUUCAUACAAACAGCUGUUAAUAAUAAUAAUCAUAAUAAUAAUCAUAAUCCUCAUCAUCAAGAUUUAAAUGAUAAUAUUAUUAUAACUAAUCAAACAAAUAUAACCGAUACUGGUACGAAUAAUCAUCAUCAUCAUCAUCAUCAUAAUAAUGGAACAAUCGAAUCAUAUGAUGCAAUCAAUACAUUACGUAAUUUAUUUAUUGAUUCAUCAUUUAAAUAUCUAAAUGAUUCAAUAAAAUUGAACGAAUUGUUUAAGAAUCAACGUUUUGUUACAUUAUAUCAAGUAACAAAUACAAUGAUUAAUCAACCACUUUGUGUUUGGACAUUGAUCAAUAUGAGCUAUUGUUUAUUAAUAUUAUUUGGAAAAUUAAUACAGAAAUUAGUUUUUGGUGAUCUACGUUCAUCUGAACAGCAAUUAUUACGGGAUAAAUUUUGGAAUUUUUUACUUUAUAAAUUUAUCUUUGUAUUCAGUGUUAUCAAUGUACAACAUAUGAAUGAAUUAUUAUUAUGGUGUGCAUGGUUUUCCGUACUUGGUUUUAUGUUUUUAUUAACAAAUCUUUGUAAAGCACGUUAUCGUUUUCUAGCAAAUACGCCAACAAUUUCACGAUUAGCCCAUAUAAAAUUGCUUACAUUAUUAAUAUCGAUAUUGAUCUCAACAUUACCAUUAUUUAUAAUUGGUGGUAUUGUCGGUAUUCAUACUAGUUUUAGUAUUGGUGCAUUUCUUCUUUGUGAAGUAUCGAUGCUUUCAUUACGAGCAUUACAUUGUCUUAUACUUUAUAUAAUACAUUUAUGGGAUUUAAGUCGUGAUUCAAUUUGGGAAAAACGUACAACAAUCGUCUAUUAUAUUGAGCUUAUAUUCGAUCUAUCUGUUUUGGUAAUCGAUUUUUGUCAUCAUAUUCAUAUGCUUUCAUCUGGUAAUAUCAUACUAUCCGUAUCAAGUGUUGUCAUAUUGAUACAAUUACGAUCAAUAUUUACCGAUAUUAUUCGUCGAAUUAAAAAACAUCGUAAUUAUCUACAGGUUUUAAAUUUGAUGGAACGGAAUUUUCCUGCAGCAUCACGUGAUGAAUUGAAUGAUGAAAAUAAUGAUUGUGCAAUAUGUUGGGAUCGUAUGGAGAAUGCCAGACGAUUACCAUGUGGACAUUUUUUUCAUACUGCAUGUCUUCGAUCAUGGUUGGAACAGGAUACAAGUUGUCCAACAUGUCGACAUUCAUUACGACAACAACGUGAUCAAACCAGAGCUAAUAAUAAUGGUAAUGAUCGUCGUGGUGUUGCUAUUCCAAAUAUAGCUGGUGGUACAGGUUUCGAAGAUUUAGCAAAUAUUGCCAAUUUAGCCGGUCUUCGUCCUGGUAAUACAAGAUUCUUUCAUUUUGAUGGUUCACGUUAUGCAACAUGGUUACCAUCAUUUUCGGUUGAAGUAACACGUCCCAAUAUAAUGGAUAUUAAUAUAAAUGCAUCAGUAACACGUAAUGAACAAACAUUUCCCGAUUAUGCUCAACAACAGAUUGAAUAUAUGGGACAACAAGUGUUGGAAUGGUUUCCACAAUUUUCUCUUACAUCAAUAUUGGAUGAUCUUCGUAAUACUCGAUCAGUUGAGGUUACAAUUGAAAAUAUUUUGGAUGGUCGUUUAAGGCCUGUUACUUCUUCUUCUUCUUCUUCUUCGACUGCAGCAACAACUUCUAAUUCUACUAAUAAUAAUGAAUCCGAAGAAACAACACAACUGAAUCAAAAUGAUACAAAUUAUAAUUUAUUUUCAAUUGUUGGAAAUCAAAUUGCCCAAGAAGAAGAAGAAGAUGAUGAUUCUGAAUCGGAUAAUGAUUUGAUUGAAAUUAAUGAUGAUGGUGAUUAUAUUGAUCAUUAAUAUUAUUUAUCGACCGACAAUUUGUCUAUAAAUCUAUCGCUGAAAAACAAAUAAUAAUCGAGAAUUGCAUAAUGGUGGAUUUUUUUUCUUGUUUUCAUUAUCAUA